UCAAGGGAAAAAAAUUCACGAAAAAUGGGUUCCGCAGCGGUCUUGGAUCCAGCUGGCCUUGAUGACGAUGGUGUCAAAAAGAACAAAACCAAAUCAGGUCUUGCAUCAAAGAAAAGGGCUUCUGUGGUUGAAAAAAAGGAAAAGAAGAGAUCUAGUUCCACUAUUACUGAGGAACCUACUUCACGUAAAAUGCCAAAGCGAGCUGCUGCUUGUUUGGAUUUCAAAGAGAAGCCUCUUCAGGCGUCUAAAAAGUCAGAUAUCAUUGAAAUGAAAAAGGACCAAACUGUAGAGGAAGAAGCUGUAGCCAUUGGGUUGACUGCUGGACAAGAUGAUGGCCGCCCUUGCAGAAGACUUGUAGAUUACAUUUUCCAUAAUUCAGAUGGGAUUCCACAACCGUUCGAAAUGUUGGAAGUUGAUGAUGUUUUCAUAUCUGGUCUUAUCUUACCUCUUGAGGAUUGUAUUGACAAAGAAAAAGCUAAAGGAGUCAGAUGUGAAGGCUUUGGGCGCAUUGAAGAAUGGGCAAUCUCUGGUUAUGAAGAUGGAUCCCCAGUUGUAUGGGUGUCUACUGAUAUUGCUGAUUAUGACUGUCUUAAGCCUUCAGGUGUCUACAAGAAGCACUAUGAUCAGUUCUUUGCCAAGGCAAGUGCCUGUAUUGAGGUCUAUAAAAAAUUGUCAAAAUCUUCCGGAGGAAAUCCUGACUUGAGUCUUGAUGAGUUGCUUGCGGGGGUUGUACGUGCAAUGAGUGGUAUGAAGUGCUUCUCUGGUGUAGCUUCUAUCAGGGAUUUUAUAGUUUCUCAAGGGGAGUUCGUUCACAAUCAACUUAUUGGUUUGGAUGAGACAUCCAAGAAGACUGAUCAAUCAUUUCUUGAGCUGCCUGUUCUUGCUGCUCUCAGAGAUGAAUGCAGCAAGCUAGCAAAUCUUGCACAAGUGAAAGCUGGAUCCUCAGGUGGAAGUUUAAGAAUAGGCUGUGAAGAAAAAGAUGGAGAUCACAUGAAUCCCCAAUCUGGCUCAUCAAAUUGCCCUUUAGAAGAGGAUGAAGAUCUGAAGUUGGCAAGACUUUUACAUGAAGAAGAACUCUGGCGCUCAAUGAAGCCAAAAAAAAGUCAAGGUUCAUCCUCCCUUUCAGGCAAAUAUUACAUCAAGAUCAAUGAGGAUGAGAUCGCUAACGAUUAUCCUUUGCCAGCAUAUUACAACACCUCUAAUCAGGAAACAGAUGAAUAUGUAGUAUUUGACAGUGGAGCUGAUACAUACUACAUGGAUGAUUUGCCGAGAAGUAUGCUCCACAACUGGGCAUUGUACAAUUCAGACUCUAGAAUGAUAUCGUUGGAGCUACUUCCAAUGAAACCAUGUGCUGAAAUUGAUGUGUCAAUAUACGGGUCAGGCCUGAUGGCCUCUGAUGAUGGAUCUGGAUAUCAAUUGGAUACUGAUCCUAAUCAAUCCUCCUCAAGCAGUUCUGGGACAUCUGAAAUUGAUGGAAUUCCGAUAUUUUUGAGUGCAAUAAAAGAAUGGAUGAUUGAGUUUGGAUCCUCAAUGAUCUUCAUAUCAAUACGAACUGAUAUGGCUUGGUACAGACUUGGGAAACCGUUGAAGCAAUAUGCUCCUUGGUAUCAACCCAUCCUCAAAACAGCAAGGCUAGCUAUCAGUAUAAUUACUUUGUUGAAGGAACAGACCCGAGUUGCACGGCUUUCUUUUUCAGAUGUCAUCAAGAGAGUGUCAGAAUAUGAGAAAGAUCAUCCUGCCUAUAUAUCUUCUAAAGUGGAUGAUGUGGAAAGAUAUGUGGUUGUACAUGGUCAGAUUAUUCUGCAACAGUUCUCUGAAUUUCCAGAUGAGAAGAUAAAAAAAUGUGCUUUUGUUGUUGGUCUUACUCAGAAAAUGGAAGAGAGGCACCAUACUAAGUGGUUAGUUAAGAAGAAGAAAGUUGUGCAGAGGAAUGAAUCAAAUUUGAAUCCCAGAGCAGCAAUGGCACCUAUAAUUUCCAAGCGGAAGGCUAUGCAGGCAACAACAACCAGGCUGAUCAACCGAAUCUGGGGGGAAUACUAUUCAAAUUAUUCACCAGAGGAGUUGAAUGAUGCUGUCAAUUCUGACGUGAAGGAGGAUGAAGAAGUAGAAGAAAUAGAAGAAAAUGAAGAGGACAAUAAUCUAGAGGAGGAAAAAGUUUUCCCCAUGAAAACCCACACCACUUCCUCAUCAUCACGACGAACUAAGUUCUGCUCAACGAUGGAGAUAAAAUGGGUUGGAGAAUCUGUGGGUAAAACAUCUUCUGCUGAGGCCUUGUACAAAUCAGCCAUUGUUCUAGAAGAUGAGAUUGCAGUUGGUAGCGUCGUUCUUGUAGAGGGUGAUGAAUCAGAUGAAGAUUCUGAUAUGUAUUUUGUAGAAUAUAUGUAUGAAAAGUUGGAUGGAAGCAAAAUGUUCCAUGGACGGAUGAUGAAAAGAGGAUCUCAAACCAUGCUAGGAAAUGCGGCUACUGAAAGAGAAUUGUUUUUGACAAAUGAUUGUAGUGAUUUCAAACUGGAAGAUACCAAACAAAUAGUGAAAUUGGAAAUAAGAAAAAGGUCUUGGGGACAUCAGCACAGGAAAGAGAAUGCAAUUGCUGAUAAAACAGAUAGAACAAGAGCGGAGGAAAGAAAAAAGAAGGGUCUACCACCCGAGUAUUAUUGCAAAAGCUUGUACUGUCCGGAGAAAGGUGCUUUCUUUAGUGUACCUAUUAAUGAAAUGGGUCUUGGGUCUGGUAUCUGUCACUCUUGCGAAUUAAAGAAAACUGAUUCUGAGAAGGCAAUUUUUGAGAUAGACACAUCUAAGACCAGUUUUGUCUACCUAGGGACUGAAUAUUCUGUUUACGACUAUGUUUAUGUGGAACCCCAUCAAUUUGCAACAAGAAAGUCUGAAAGUGAAACCUAUAAAGGUGGGAGAAAUGUAGGAUUGAAGGCUUAUGUUGUAUGUCAACUGCUUGAGAUAUUGACAAGCAAUGCAAGUAGAAAAGCUGAAUUGGAUUCUACCCAGUUGAAACUCAGGAGAUUUUUCAGACCUGAAGACAUAUCUGAGGAGAAAGCAUACUGCUCUGAUGUUCGAGAGAUCUAUUAUAGCCAGGAAACCCAUACUCUACCUGUUGAGACAAUUGAAGGGAAAUGUGAAGUUAGAAAGAAGCAAGAUCUUCCAUCUGAAGAAGUCCCUGCUAUCUUUGAUCAUGUUUUCUUCUGUGAACAUCUCUAUGAUCCUUCCAAAGGAUCUCUCAAGCAGAUGCCUUCUCAUAUCAAAUUGAGAUAUAGUCCGAGGAAUUAUAGUGAUGAUGAUGCUUGUAGGAAGAAAAAGGGGAAGUGCAAAGAAGGGGAAUACAAUGUUGGAGUUGAAAGAGUAAAACGAACUUCUCAAGAAAACUACUUAGCAACUCUAGAUAUUUUUGCUGGAUGUGGUGGCUUGUCUGAGGGACUGCAGCAAUCAGGUGUUUCAAUCACUAAGUGGGCAAUUGAGUAUGAAGAAGCUGCUGGAGAUGCAUUUAAGCUUAACCAUCCAGAGUCUUUAGUGUUCAUCAACAACUGCAAUGUGAUACUAAGGGCUGUUAUGCAGAAAUGUGGGGAUGCAGAUGACUGCAUAUCAACUCCAGAGGCUGGUGAGUUAGCUAAGAAAUUGGAUGAAAAGGAAGUAGAGAAUUUGCCACUGCCUGGACAAGUGGAUUUCAUCAAUGGCGGGCCUCCUUGUCAGGGCUUUUCUGGAAUGAAUCGGUUUAAUCAUAGCACCUGGAGUAAAGUCCAGUGUGAGAUGAUUCUAGCAUUUUUAUCAUUUGCUGACUACUAUAGACCAAAGUAUUUUCUCCUGGAGAAUGUGAGAAAUUUUGUGUCUUUCAACCAAGGCCAGACUUUUCGUUUGACUGUAGCUUCACUUCUUGAAAUGGGUUAUCAGGUGAGGUUUGGUAUCCUUGAAGCUGGGGCAUAUGGGGUACCACAGUCUAGGAAGCGAGCAUUUAUAUGGGCAGCAUCCCCAGAGGAGGUCCUUCCAGACUGGCCAGAGCCAAUGCAUGUAUUUGCUGCACCAGAAUUGAAAAUCGCAUUAUCAGCAAAUUCGCAAUACGCAGCUGUGAGGAGCACUGCAAAUGGAGCUGCUUUCCGUUCGAUAACUGUCAGAGAUACUAUUGGUGAUCUUCCUCCUGUUGUGAAUGGGGCAUCCAAAACAAAUAUGGAGUAUAAAGGUGACCCUGUGUCAUGGUUCCAGCAAAGAAUUCGUGGGGAUUCAGUGGUUUUGUCUGAUCACAUAUCGAAAGAAAUGAAUGAACUUAACCUUAUCAGGUGUCAGAGAAUUCCCAGGCGUCCAGGUGCUGAUUGGCGAGACCUUCCAGAUGAAAAGGUCAAAUUAUCUACUGGGCAAAUGGUCGAUUUGAUACCAUGGUGCUUGCCAAAUACAGCUAAAAGGCACAAUCAGUGGAAGGGCUUAUUUGGGAGGUUGGACUGGGAGGGCAACUUUCCGACUUCUGUAACAGAUCCACAACCUAUGGGUAAAGUUGGAAUGUGCUUCCACCCUGAGCAAGACAGAAUUGUUACUGUUCGUGAAUGUGCUCGUUCUCAAGGCUUUUCAGACAGCUAUAAGUUCGCUGGUAAUAUUCUACACAAACAUAGGCAGAUUGGUAAUGCUGUUCCUCCUCCUUUAGCAUAUGCAUUAGGAAGGAAACUUAGGGAAGCAAUCAUUAGCAAGCGAUCUGCCUAAUAAGUCAACAGCUCAAUUGUACAUGUAAUUCUUCUGUAUCUUUCCCUUGCAGUCUUAACAGGUAUAUGUUGUAUAGAGAUUUGGCAUUUGGGGAAAGAGUUGUAAAAACAUUGAAUUUAAGUCGACAGUUUUGCAGCAACGAA